AGACAACAAAAAAAAAGCACGGGAUUAUAUAUGUGUCUGUUGCUGCUGCUUCUUGGGCGAAUGCACUGGAUCGGUGCCGAAGGCUAAAGUAUGUUCUCUGGCAGUUCGCACGUAUCGAUCACGGAUGCGGCUGAUUACGAUUUCGAGAAUGCAGAAAAUGCGGCCAAAUGGAGGGGCUUGUUCAUCUCAUCGUUGCGGAAGGUGCUGGAGCAGGUGCAUCCUUCGCUGCAGGCCCGGGAGGAUGCAUUGCUGUACGUCGAGAGCCUAUGCCUGCGAUUGUUAGCAACACUGUGUGCGAAGCCACCGCCGCACACGGUAAUGGACGUGGAGGAACGUAUCAGCCGUACCUUUCCAAACCCGAUCGAUAGGUGGGCACUAGGAGAGGCACGUGAAACGAUAGACAAGUCAAAGAAGAAGAAACCGGUGCUACCAGUUGAUCGUGUGCAUACGCUCCUGCAGAAGGAGGUACUGCAGUACAAAAUCGACAGUUCCGUAUCGCUGUUUCUGGUGGCCGUUCUCGAGUACAUAUCCGCCGACAUCCUGAAGCUGGCCGGGUACUAUGUGAAGAACAUACGCCAUAUCGAAAUUACCCGCGAGGACAUCGAGGUCGCCAUGUGCGCUGAUAAGGUUCUGAUGGAUAUGUUCUAUCAGGGUGAAAGCUCCAACUCGAUGGCACCGAGUCCGCUUCCACCGACACCACGUGCCAGCCUCAGCUACGAGGAAGUCGUGAAGGAACUGAUCCACGACGAGAAACAGUAUCAACGAGAUCUGCACAUGAUCAUCCGAGUAUUCCGGGAGGAACUAGUUAAGAUAGUUAAGGAUCCAAAAGAGCUGGAUUUAAUAUUUUCCAACAUAAUAGACAUUUAUGAAGUUUCGGUGACGUUGCUGGGCUCGCUCGAAGAUGUGAUAGAAAUGUCCCAGGAACAAACGCCACCGUGUAUUGGUAGCUGUUUUGAAGAACUGGCUGAAGCGGCUGAGUUCGACGUGUAUGCCAAGUAUGCAAUGGAUAUUACAUCGGUGAUUGCAAAGGAAGCACUAGCCAAUUUAUUAGCACGACCGGAGGUAGCCAGUUCACUGAUGUCAGCCGGACAUGGUUUCAAGGAGGCGGUCAAAUUUUACCUACCAAAACUACUAUUAGGGCCCAUCGGGCAUGCGCAGUUAUAUUUGGAUUAUAUUAAGGUUUUACUACAGCUGAGUCCCUCGCAGGAGGACAAGGAGAGCUUCGAGCAGGUGCAAGGCUUGCUGAAACCGCUGCAGUGCGAGCUACAGAGUAUUUCAUCGCUCCUGCCAAAGGAAUACUUUACCCGUGUAAACAGCCGUGCCCGGAGACAGUCAGCGAUAGAGAAAACGCGCGAUCUUCAAAACACGGUCGAACACUGGGACAAGGACGUGGGCCAGUGCUGUAACGAGUUUAUCCGCGAGGAUACGCUGGCAAAGCUAAGCUCUGGCAAGCGACAAACCGAACGGAAAGUGUUUUUGUUCGACGGAUUGUUGGUGCUGUGCAAAGCGAGACGUCAGAUAGUGCCGGGAAACAAUUACGAUUACCGGCAGAAAGAACGGUUUUUCAUGCGGAAGGUCGAAAUCAUCGAUCGGCCCGAUACGGACGAGCUGAAGCACGCGUUUGAGAUAUCGCCCCGGGAGCAGCAGAGCGUUGUACUUAUCACCAAAAACGCCCAGCACAAGAACGAUUGGAUGGCGGACCUAAUCAUGCUGAACACCAAGUCGAUGCUGGAACGCAUCUUGGAUAGUAUCUUGCUAGAUAUUGAGAAGAAACAUCCGUUGAAGUUGCCGAGCCCGGAGAUUUACAAGUUUGCCGUACCGGACAGCCCUUCGAAUAUUGUGCUUGAAGAGCGGGAAGGUACCGGAGUGCCGUUGAUUAAAGGUGCCACACUAUGCAAGCUUAUCGAGCGUUUAACGUACCACAUUUACGCGGAUCCAAUGUUUGUGCGUACGUUUCUUACUACGUACCGGUCGUUUUGUUCACCGAAGGAGCUUUUGCAGCUGUUGGUCGAGCGUUUCGACAUACCCGAUCCGGCUGUCGUGUAUGAUCCGGCCGCGGAAAAGGAACAGGCCGGUGGAGAUACGGAUAAGUUUCACAAAAACUCACAGCGUGAAGAUUGGAAGCGGUACAAGAAGGAGUAUGUGCAGCCGGUUCAGUUUCGCGUGCUAAACGUGUUGCGGCACUGGGUCGAUCAUCAUUUUUACGACUUUGAGCGAGACGGGGAGCUGCUCGAGUCGCUCGAAAGGUUUCUGGAGACGGUGCGCGGUAAAUCGAUGCGCAAGUGGGUUGAUUCGGUGAUGAAGAUUGUUCAGCGGAAGAAUGAAAGCGAGGACAAUCACCGGCAGAUAACAUUCGCAUUUGGUCACAGUCCGCCGGCGAUCGAGCAUCAUCUGCCGCUGAAUAGUGAGAACGAAUUCAACCUGCUUAUGUUACAUCCGCUAGAGCUGGCCCGACAGUUGACGCUGUUGGAGUUUGAGAUGUACAAGAAUGUCAAACCUUCCGAACUGGUUGGCUCGGUAUGGACGGGGAAGGAUAAAGAAACAACUAGUCCUAAUUUAUUGAAAAUUAUGCAUCACACCACAAAUUUUACACGGUGGAUCGAGAAAUCGAUAAUCGAGGCAGAAAACUUCGAAGAGCGCGUUGCGAUGGCAAGUCGCGCAAUCGAGGUGAUGAUGGUGCUUCAGGAUCUAAACAAUUUCAACGGCGUACUGUCGAUCGUGUCCGCCUUUCAAGGGGCGGCCGUACAUCGGCUCAAGCUAACGCUCGAGGACAUUCCGAAGCGCCAUCAGCAGGUGUUGGGCGAAUGUCGCGAACUGAACAACUCGCACUUUAAAAAGUACCAGGAAAAACUGCGCUCAAUCAACCCGCCCUGUGUGCCAUUUUUCGGCAUGUACCUUACCAACAUUCUGCACAUAGAGGAGGGCAAUCCGGACUUUCUGCCCAACACCGAGCUGAUAAACUUCUCCAAGCGAAGACGGGUGGCCGAGAUUACGGGCGAAAUACAGCAAUAUCAGAAUCAACCUUACUGUUUAAAGGUCGAUCCUAGCAUAAGGCAUUUUCUAGAAAAUUUAGAUCCUUUUAAAGGAAUGAGCAUAACGGAGAUUCAAAACUAUCUGUACGAAGAGAGCAAACGGAUAGAGCCGAAAAAUUGUCGCCAGCCGUUGAAAUUCCCUCGCAAAUGGCCGGACAUUUCACUGAAAUCGCCCGGCAUUAAGCCAUCGUCAAGGCGAAAUAACAGCUCCGCCAAUUCGUCGAUGACGCUGCCUGGGACGCUACCGUACAGCAAAACGUCGCUGCUGGCGAACAGUGAUACGGGCGAACAGUCACCACCGGCUUCAUCGUCCUCGUCCGUGCACGACUAUUCCAUCUUUGCCUCGGUCAACAUUCACUCGUCCUCUUCCGGCACGUCCUCACUAUCCUCACUGUACUAUCAGCAGCAGCAGCAGCAACUUCAAAUGCAGCAACAAUUCGCGCAGCAGCUACUGCAACAAUCCAACUUCUGCCACGGUCAGACAGGUGGUGCCAUCGUUGGAGGUACCAGCAGUAGCAUGGGUAGUAGUGGAGGUACGUCACAGUAUUCACAUCAGAGUGCGCACCACCAUCCACAUCAGCAGCAGUACCUUCACCAUAGUCAUCCGCAUUACAACCAACCGCAUCACUAUCAGCCGAGCUUAUCGCAGUCGAUAGCGAACCUAACGACGGCCGGCGGGGACAACCAGAUGGCGCCGGAGAUACCGCGCCGCUCGGACAGUAUUAUACUGACCAACACGAAUCAGCUGCUGACGGGUAGCGGUUGCCUGUCCGAAAGCAGCGGUAGCUACAACGGUGGCAAACUGUUGCCCAGUCCACGCUAUCCUUCCGCCUCGAUGUCGACGCUUUUAUCGACGGGUUCGUCCUGUUCAACGGUGCCUUCUGCGGGGGGCACUGUUGGAGGGAUGACUGGUGGUGCUUCGAGCUAUUCAAUCGGGGGCAGCCUGUACAGUGGUUCCAGUAGUGAAGCAUCGGGUUACGGUACUGCAAGCUCAGUAACGUCCUCGUCUGCGGCCAGUAUUGUUUCAAUUUCGCACAACGAUGGAAAUGUGCAACAGCAGCAUUCCGCUGCUACGGUGGCGAUGGCCCAUCCUCCCGACAUUCCACCAGCAAUCAGUCCACGGACUGACAAACCGCAACCAUUGCAUCCACCACCACCUCCACCGCCCCUUUACUCUGGUGCAGGUGCCGGGGCUAACGGGGGUAGUAGUGGUGGUGGUGGUGGUGGUAGUAGCACCAGCAACUCCACCGUUCCAACACUCGCCAACACGACGACCGUUGCAACAUCCAUCGCAAACAGUACUAGCAGUAACUUUAGACAUAAUACAUCCAAUUCUAUCAAAAAUCAAAACUGUGAUUUUACUUACACCAUCCCAGGCAGCGGUACUGCGUUCUGUAGUUUCGCAAACACUAAUAGUGGUGUACCACCACCGCCAACGAAUUCCACCGGCCGAGCGUCGUCCUGUGAACAUUCGCCCAUAUUUCCUUCCAGUCCAAAAAUCCAACUCCAGCAUAAUCAUCCCACCGCGGGAACGACACCACCCUGCCAGCAUCAUCACCAGCAUCAUCCUGCGACACAACAUCACACCGAUACGACGAUAGUCGAUGGUGGUGGCGGUGGGCCGGGCAAUGUGCAUUCGUACGCGAUCCAGCACAACAGUAGUAGCAGUGCUUCACCAUCCGCUACCAGUAGCCAUCCGUGUCAGCAGUGCAGUACCGGUGGUGGGGCUGCGACUGGGGACGGCAGUGGAGGAGCCGCCGGCUUGCCGAACAGUGCCGACUUUGGUCCGACCCCGAUCUCACCGCAUGUCAACGUACCAAAUACACACAAUGUCCUACCACCCCUGGCGCCUCCACUACCUCCUAGGUUUAAACGAAAAGAAUCUUCCAUUGAAUCGUCCCAGUCGUCUCAAAUACGGCAAGCACCGGAUGCACCGACGCUACCACCGAGAGACGUUAGUCCACCUCCGAUACCACCAAGGAUUUACCCCCAAUCACACUAUCAUUUCGGAGUCGCUGGCCAAAGCGGUACGACGCUACUCCUUAACUACACACAAAGCCCAGGAGCGUGCGGUGGUACUACCGGUGCUGGUAGUGGUUUCGCAAUGAACAGCUCCAACUGGAACCAUUCCUCGAUGCAUACGAAGGAUGAAUCAACGUCAUCGUCCUCCUCCUCGUCGACGCUAACCAGGGACAAUUUGAACCAGUACAAUCAGCAUGGCAGCAUCGGUGGCGGUGGCGGUACCACGGCCAGUAGCAGCAGCAACAGUAGCAGUAUUGAGCAGCGUUUGCUAAUGCUGCCCCACACCAGCACGAUCAUGAUGCGUCGCAAUUCGGCCAUGGAUCGGGCGGCGAAGGAAAACAUUCCCAACAUUGCCACCUCGAGCUCGCUGUCGGGACUGUCAACGAUCGCGGCUGGUACGGUGCUGGCAGGGCCGGUAAAUGCCACCUCCGGUGGUAGUGCGUCGACGAUGAAUUCGAGCGGUCCUAGCGGUUCCUCGGCGGGUACGUCGGUCGGUAGCAGCCCAUCGGCGAUCAAAAAUAAAUCAGUACAGAAUUCACCCAGCUCGGGACAGCAGCAACAGCAACCGCUGCCUCAUGUACUUUGUCGAAGGGCCAGUACAAACAUCUCGCCACGCUUUUCGCCCGGUGAAACGACGCCAAAACUACCACCUAAACCGAAACAGAACAGCAUAAGCUCAGAUCGUACAAUGUUUCCUUACCCGAGUACGAACUGACCAAAUGGUAGUCCCGGCUGUGGACGAUACUUUAUUCGUUAGC